CGCAGCCCUGGCACCGAGCGGCGCCGGGGAGGGAGGGAGGGCAGGCCAGGAGGCGGCGGUGCCAGCUGGCAGCCCGGCCCGUGACGGGGACGGGCGGCGGCUACCGCUCCCCUCGCCGUCUGAUUGGGGCUCGGGGUCGCCGCUGGCAGCCGCUGGGCGGAGCGCUGGACCUGGUCUGCGGUGGAAGGGGGGGGGGGGGCGAGAGCGAAGGAUACAAAGUAUCAGGCCGGAGAAAGGAGGCACUCGGCAGUGAGGGGGUGAAAAGGGGGGAAAUCACUUCCAAAGUGCCGGCAUAUCGGCGACAGGAGCCACAAAGUAUCGACUGAUCGGCGACAGGGGAUACGAACUAGCGACUGGUCGUCAGGAGGGGAUACAAAGUAUCGGCUGGUCGGCGCCAGGAGAUAUAAAGUGUCGGUCGGGGAAGCGAGCGCGAUCGGCGGCUCGGAGAUACGACGUAUCGAGAGGCAGUUGGAUUCGGAAGGUGGGCCCGACGGCAGGGGGAGAUUGCAGGGCGGCCUCUCCGAGGCCCGGAGCCCGAGCUCCAGGGGCGACCAUGGGUGAGACCAAGAUCAUCUACCACAUCGACGAUCAGGAGACGCCGUACCUGGUGAAGCUGCCGCUGGCCGCCGAGCGCGUCACCCUGGCCGACUUCAAGCAGGUGCUGAACAAGCCCAACUACAAGUUCUUCUUCAAAUCCAUGGACCAGGACUUCGGGGUGGUGAAGGAAGAGAUAUCUGAUGACAAUGCCAGGUUACCCUGCUUCAACGGCCGUGUGGUAUCAUGGCUGGUGUCAGCCGAGGGUUCCCACUCGGACUCGGGAUCCAUGUGCGCGGACACCCAGUCAGAUCUGCCGCCCCCCAUCGAGAGGACGGGAGGAAUCGGAGACUCAAGACCCCCCUCCUUCCAUGCAAACGCAGCUGGGAGUCAGGACAACCUAGACAAUGAGACUGAGACGGAGUCGGUGGUUUCAUCACGAAAGGAGAGGCUACGUCGGAAGGAUGGGCACGAGCCCGUUCCCCGAGUCAAUGGCCACACGAAGAUGGAGAGGCGACACGAGAUUGGCGGCUACGAGAGCUCCUCCACGCUGAUGAGCAGCGAGCUCGAGUCCACAAGCUUUUUUGACUCGGAUGAGGAUGAUUCAACAAGCAGGUUCAGCAGCUCCACGGAACAGAGCAACUCGUCUAAACUGAUGCGGAGGCACAAGCGGCGACGGCGGAAACCCCGGAUCCCCCGCAUCGAGAGGUCCUCGUCCUUCAGCAGCAUCACAGACUCCACCAUGUCCCUCAACAUCAUCACGGUCACUUUAAACAUGGAGAAAUAUAACUUCCUGGGAAUCAGCAUUGUGGGUCAGAGCAACGAGAGAGGUGACGGAGGGAUUUACAUCGGCUCUAUCAUGAAGGGAGGGGCUGUGGCUGCCGAUGGGAGGAUCGAACCGGGGGACAUGUUACUGCAGGUUAAUGACAUCAACUUUGAGAAUAUGAGUAAUGAUGACGCAGUCCGGGUUCUGAGGGAGAUUGUGCACAAGCCCGGGCCUAUCACACUGACUGUCGCCAAGUGCUGGGACCCCACUCCUCGCGCCUGUUUCACACUUCCCAGAAGUGAGCCCAUCCGCCCAAUUGAUCCGGCAGCCUGGGUUUCGCACACUGCAGCCAUGACGGGAGCCUAUCAGCCCUACGGUAUGAGUCCGUCCAUGAGCACCAUUACUUCCACCAGCUCCUCCAUCACCAGCUCCAUCCCAGAAACCGAACGCUUCGAUGAUUUCCAUCUAUCGAUUCACAGUGACAUCGUCACCAUCGUCAAGGCGAUGGCAUCUCCGGAAUCAGGCCUGGAAGUUCGAGACCGGAUGUGGCUUAAAAUAACAAUCCCAAACGCUUUCAUUGGUUCUGAUGUCGUCGACUGGCUCUACAAUCACGUCGAGGGCUUUCCCGACCGGCGAGAGGCCCGAAAAUACGCCAGCAACUUGCUUAAAGCUGGCUACAUCCGACACACCGUGAACAAAAUCACCUUCUCAGAGCAGUGUUACUACAUCUUCGGGGACCUCUGUGGCAACAUGGCCAACCUGACCUUGCAUGACCACGACGGAUCGAGCGGCGCCUCUGACCAGGACACGCUGGCGCCACUGCCUCACCCAGGGGCCGCGCCCUGGCCCAUCGCCUUCCCCUACCAGUACCCGCCACAGCACCCCUACAACGCCCAGCCUCCGGGGUACCACGACGUCACGGGAUUUACCUACGGAGGCGGCAGCGCCGGCAGCCAGCCCAGUGAAGGGAGCCGGAGUAGUGGGUCCAACCGGAGCGGGAGCGAGCGGCGGGGAGGGAAGGAGAAGGAGGCCAAGCCUAGCGAGCCCAAGUCUGGGGGCAGCGGCAGCGAGUCGGACCACACCACACGGAGCUGCCUGCGGCGGGAGCGGGCCCCCAGCGAGCGCUCGGCCCCCGCCAGCGAGCACAGCCACCACAGCAGCCUGAGCCAUCGGAGCCACCACUCGGUGGCGGCCAGCGCCCACAGCCACCACACGCAGCAGUCGUACGGGCCGCCCGGCCUGCCCCCGCUCUACAGCCCGCCCCUGAUGAUGAUGCCCCCGCCGUCUGCCGCAGCAGCCCCCGGAGCCCCUCCAGUCCGCGACCUGGCCUCGGUGCCCCCUGAACUAACGGCCAGCCGGCAGUCCUUCCGAAUGGCGAUGGGGAAUCCCAGUGAGUUCUUUGUUGAUGUCAUGUGACUUGCCUCCUUCAUUCUCCGUAAAGAGAGCAUCGCCUGUUCUGUCGCCCUACUAAAAGCAGAACGACUAAAAUGCGGACCCUCCCCUCCCCUGUGUGAUGAAGUAGCAGAUCUGGAGUGUGAACAGGAUUAUAUUUAUUCAGCACUAAUCUUGCGAGAUUUAUCACCAUAAAUACUUGUUUUUGCUUUCCUCUCCCCACCCUGCCCUGCAACCUUUAGUCCUUUAUAAAACCAGACUGCGAUUUGUAAAUGGACAAUACCCUGUCUGUCUGCCUCUUUUUAACACUUUCAUCCUUGUAAGGUUUCGUUUUUUUUUAAAAGAAAACAAACAGUAUUCUGAAUCUAUUGUAAAUCGAACAAUCAUUUCCCAUCUUAUUUUCCUAUGAAGUAAUCUCCUGACCCUUUUGUAUGCUUUUCUUUCCCCUUGUCACCACAGCGAAGAAUGAAGGGGUGUUUGAUUUCCUGUGACGCCAAUUGGUAAGCAAUUGGGACAGUGAGGUGGACAGUCAUCUGCUGGAUUGUGUCUGUCAGUCCUCUGUGUGAUGUUCAUUAUGUUUUAACGGUCUGGUCACCAGACUGGAGGACAGCAAAGGAAAGACACAGAAGAGUCGGUCGAUUUUUAUCCUUACGUUAAA